GGCAUGAUUGAACAGCUGGUGACUGAGGCUCUUGUUAGCCCGAGUGGCUGUAAAGUGCAAAAUUUGAAGUUAUCAUGUCUAGGUACCAUUGGGUAAUCUUUGCUUUCAUGAACUUGUGGAAACAAAAGGUUCACCAAGACCCGAUGCUGUUGGGUCCAAGUGAAAUGGAGUCACCAUGGGCCCCCCUUUCAGCAUGAAGGAGGCUGUCAACGGCUCCAUGCCACCAUGUUUGAGGGACUUAAGGUGUCAAAAACUGUUGUGCACCAGACACGGAACUUGGCCACGUCUUGAGAUGCGUUACGGGUUGAAGCAGGUGAAGGAUCCUCUCAGUCUGGACUUCGGUUCGAGAAGCAGGCAGGACAAGGGAACAAAUGGGGGCUACAUGGUACGCAGAAAUGGAAUGGGGGAAUUGCCCCUGGUUGUGCGUGGUGACCAGGGAGGUACCGGGCGGGCUGGGCAGAACGGGCAGUCCCUCGGACGAACGCAGACAAUGUUCUUUGUUGAUGACGGAAGGGUCCAACUGACGAUACUUGGUACUAGUUUCGGAAAGUAG